CGAGUGCGCCUGCGCGAGACGCCACUGUUAUUUUCUCGACGCAGCUGACGAUGUAAACAAGAAACGGCAGUCUAGAGCUAAACAGGGAUCAUACUGGCCGCUAUCGUCGCAAAUGGUUUCAGUUAAAAAAGCGUAGAAGGCUGUCAUGGGGCUCCCAGUCACUAUCAAGGUCAACUUCCGCGGGAAUGUAAAGAGGUUUUUGGCUCAGGAUUUGGACAAAUUGGAGUGGGAGUCCGUCGAAGCCUGGAUCAAAGCAUCGUUUGGGAUCAACUACUUUCAAGUCAAAUACUUUGAUGAAGAUAAUGAAGAGAUUUGCAUAAACAGUCAAGAUGAAUAUGAAGAAGCCAUCAAGAGCGCAGAGAAGCAGGGGAACCAGUUACACAUGAACGUGUAUAAGAUGAAAGGACAGGCCUGUGGAGGUCCUCUGAAGACAGAAGUGAAGGAGCUUAAAGGAGACCUCCGCCCUGCUCCCCCUUACCCAUCAAGAGUCAAAACUGUGGAAAAAGGCACUCAAGUCACCCCAGAGCGUGAAACUGUAGCGGUAAAAGACAACAAAGGGAACAGGCCCGAAGAUGAGCCUCCUCCUAUGUGGUUCAGGUCGUACAUGGAAAAGUUUAAGGAUGAAGUUGUAAAGGAGGUAGUGGAGAAGAUGUGCAACGACUUCUCCGGGCAGUGCUGUACCCACAAAUCCUCAGAUGGACUCCAUGAGGUUGGCGGUGCUUGCGGAGGUCUUGUAGAACCCGGAUUGGGCCCCUCUGCUUCGAAUGGAUCGCUUGGCUACACCCCAAACUGCAGCACCUGCAACAAACUGACCUCUGAAGGGGCUUAUAAAUGCAGUGUGUGUCCUUCCUGCAUCCUCUGUGAGAUGUGCAGACACAGCCACGACCCCAGUCACAGCCUCGUAAGAACCAAGACACCUCUCUCCAUUCCUGAGCAUGGAAUGUCAGGAGAGUUUAGGUUCCCGAGGCGAGGAGACAGGACUGUGCGCAAGGCCGAGCGACAGCGCCUCAAAGCUGAAAGAAGGCAGCUGAGAGCAGAAGUGAAGGAAAUCAAGAAGAAGCUAAGACUGGAGAAGAGGGGGCUGCAGUGGAGUGGACCCUCUACCUCAGGCACAGCCACCUUGACAAACAUGGCCUCAGCCUCCAUCCAGGUCCCAGCCAUGUCACCUGCUGCUGCCUCAGAAACAGCCUCAGGGCCCUCCACAGUCCCAGGUCCCAUCUCAGCCCCGGUCCCUGACCCCCAGGCCUCCAGUCCAGAGGGUCCCGGGGUCUCGCACUCGUCCUUGGUGCCCACUAUGGCUGCCUUGUUUCUGGAUGAAAAUCUGCCUGAUGGCACCCGUCUGGAGCCUGGUACCAAGUUCAUCAAAUACUGGAAGAUGAAGAACUCGGGCACAAUCAGCUGGACCUCAGAGACCAAGCUAGUGUUCAUGUGGGGGAACCUCAGCCUGGCGUCAGAGGAGAGGAGGGAGGUGCCGGUGCCCCUGCUGCUUCCUGGACAAGUGGGAGUGGUCAGUGUGGCCUUUGUUGCACCUGUGAUGGAGGGAACGUACACCUCCCACUGGCGGCUGGCGCACUGUGGGUGUCAGUUCGGCCCCCGGGUCUGGUGCAGCAUUGUGGUCGAUCCUGGGAACAACCGCGCCACUCUCAGGCACCAAAGCAAACGAUUGAAGGAGGAAGUGAAGCCAGUGGAGAAGGAGGUAAGAACCAGGGACAGUGGCUGUGCCUUCACUGUAGACCUCCCCCAUGAAGACUACUACUUUCCAUCAGUCGACCUGCUGACUGCACAGGAUCUACUGUCUUUUGAACUGCUGGACAUUAAUAUUGUACAAGAGUUGGAAAAGGUUCCCAACAACACUCCUGUGGACUUGACUCCCUGCAUAUCGCCUCUUCCCCACGAUGCACCGGUGUUGGAGAAGUCCGUUGUUACACCAAUGAAAGAAGACCCCCCUGAGACCACGGGAGUCAGAAAGCUUUUUGGAGUGAAACUGAGGCAGCAGGAGGUGUUGGAGUCUGUGACCCAAGAGGACGAGAAGGAGGAGGAGAUCAGCGGAGCUCAGUUCCUGUGUGAGACGGUCAUCCGCUCCCUCACUCUGGAGGAAGCCCCCGACCACAGACCGCUACGCAGAGCCCAACAUGGCAGCCACAAACAGAAAAGCGUGUCCCGCGACCCAAGCUUCUGUUCAGAGAAAACGGCUGAUUCGGAGGACGCUGAGAAGGAAAAAGUGAGACAGGAGGAGAUGAAUGCCGAUCGAGUUGAGAGUUUAGCGCCACCUAUGAACAGAAGCCCCAGCCAAAACAUGGAGGAAGAGGACGAACCCACGCCAGUUGUUCUGCUGGAACCAGAGAAACAGAACCUGAACGCCGGUUUGCAGCACGACAACAAGGACAAAGAAGUUUUGCGUACGAUGCAAAACAUGAAGCCUACUAAUGAGCAGAAGCAGGAGGGAGGAGCUAGAGGAGAAGACUGGGACGAGGUCAGCAGCCAGACGUCCUCGGUCUCCUCCGGCGAUGAUUACAUCAUUGUCCUCCCAGACUGCUUUGACACCAGCCGACCUCUGGGGGAGUCCAUGUACAGCUCUGCCAUGUCGCAGCCUGAGACUGUUGCUGCCGGGACCUCGACCGACCCUGACCCGGAGCAGGAGAAGGAGAAGGAGGAGACUUGCGACUCUGAGCCGUGCAGGGAAGCGCCGCUGACGGAGAGGAAAGAGGAGACGGAGACCAUUGCUGUGGAGGAGUCACUGGAGAACACCUGGCCCCCGCACGUCUCUCUCAUCCACAGCAGUGUGAACCAAAUGCUGUGCGCUUCCCAAACACUCGAUGCUGUGACUCUUACCCCUGAAGUGGUGUCCCUGCCUGUCGUACCUCAGCCCCUGCACCCCCCACCCACCCUCUACUCACCUAGGUCUGAGGCCCUGUACCUGGCGGAGGAUCCCAGUCCUCCUGCCUGUGAAUCUUACGAGCCGCACCAACCCAGAGUUCAUCUAAACGUAUCGUCUGGUCUGUCGAGAUCAGCAGGCUCAGCAUCCAGUGCCUUUGAGACCUACAAUCCCAGACCGAGCAAAGCGCUGCAGCCAAGAGGCCAAGGAGGCAUCACAGAGGGAUUUGUCAAAGGGGCCCUUUCUGUAGCUGCAUCUGCUUACAAGGCUCUCUUCACUGGACCAAACUGUUCCAUACAGCGAGGCAUCGACCCAGCCACCCGGCAGGACCCUUCCAUGAUGGCCGUCCUGAUGGAGAUGGGCUUUAAAGAUCAGCGGCUCAACCUGCAGCUGCUGAGGAAGCACAACUACAGCCUGCUGCACACCGUCAACGAGCUGGUGCAGAUGGCGGAGGAGAGCCAGAACGAAGCCGUUGAUGCUCUGAACUGAAACGAGCGAAAACGCCUCACAGGAAGGAUCUAAAACUUGAUUUUUAAAUAAUAUUAGAGUUUAACUUUUAGUUCGAUGUUUUUCCUCCAAAGCAUAGAUGGGAAAUUGGGAUCAACACUACAGCUAUAUAUCUCCAAACUACAGAACAAAAAUGUAAAAAUAGCAUAGAUUUCAGAGGAAAAGAGUAUUAACGAAAGGCUUCUCUUGCCUUUUAGCUCUUUGUUAAAGUUAACCAUAUAUUAAACUACGACUUGUAGAUUAUUGUAGAUAGUGGUUACUUUGUUUACAUCAGCCCCGGCGCUUUACGUUUUGGUUCGUCGAUCAGAAACGGACAUAUCAGAGAGACAAAAGUGCAUCUGAGCUCCUCAUCUCUGUGUUUGUACAGCUGUUGUUGCUGCUUCCUCUGCGCUGUGAAAUGAUUUAUUUACACACAAGUGAGAAGGAAAGUUGCUGAAUGUCUUAAAGAGCCAGCUCUGAUGUACAGUGAUGAUGUUGAAGUUGCAUGAUUAUUCUGAGUGUUAUGGAACAGAGUGCAGUAAUGAGAAAAGCAGAUACUUAGGACUUUUUUUUUCUCCUUUUAAUUAUCGUAGUGAAAUUUGCCUAACAAUGCAAUCGAUUUCUGUAUCAGAGUACUGUUAUUUUAGACGUUUUGACAUGUGGAAUGUAAACCAAACUGUCCAAAGAACGGAUCACUACUCAGACUCGGAUGUUUUCUACUGUGUUUUCUGAAGACACCUGCAUGCCAGGUAGAGGCUUUAGGGGAGUCGGAGUGGAGAGGGGUAAAAAAAAAAUCAGCUUUGCCUCAUCUUUUAUUCUGCUUGCCUGCAUUUUCUCAUUAAACCACCAACUCUCAUUUAGCCUAAGCUAGAGCAAAAAUCUGUUUUUCACAUUCCUCAACCACAUGGUGGAACCAAGUAUACUUUUAAGAUGAUUCUUAGUUUACUGAAACAUUCACAUAAUGUUAUAACUGUCUAUUUAGCUUUAUGUUGAUGUACACUGUGUGUGUGUGUGUGUGUGUGCGUGUGUGGGUGGGUGAGGCUGUUUGAUCUCUUACGUUUAUGAUUGUUCAUGUUAAAAAGAAGAAAAAACUACUCAACAGAAUAAUUCUGAAUAUAUCUACAUGGCUUGUCAAAUUAUUCUUCUGCUACAGAGUGUACACUUUAAAUUGUCUUCUCCCAAUCUGCCAAUAAAUUAUUUGCACAUCUG